AUGUCGGCCCGGAAGCUCGGGGGAGGGAGGAUCAUAGGAAACGGCAAGGGCAUCGCGCCCCCGCACCCUACCCAUCCAACAUCGAAGCCCCGCGCCCGCGAGACCAGCCCCUAUGCGCCCUCGGACGCCUCCUCCACCGACCACUAUUCCACCUCCCAGAACUCCAUCUCCCCACCCUCCUCUUCCACCCCCAUCGCCGACUUUGGCCCCCAAGAUCUUGCUUCCAGGAUCAGCAUCGGCCGCCCUUCCGAUGCCGACGCCUCCAGCCCGAGGCUGGUCUGUCCGAUAUGUGACGAUGAGAUGCUGACGCUGCUCCAACUCAACCGCCACAUCGACGACAACCACCAAGAGCUUCCCGAGGUCCAGCAGGAUGAGGUCAAGACAUGGUUCGACAAGCAAGUCCUCAAGGCGAGGCGCUUCCAGCCCCUGUCAAUCAUCAACUCCAAACUACGCGGCCUUGACGUCUUCGAGCCAAACGAGUCCCAGCCCAUCGCGCCGCCUCCUGCCACAGCCGGCCCCAGGCUUCCCCUCGACACCGUCAUCGACCCGGACGAGCUGGUGACGAGGAAACACUGGCAACGCUCCACCGGCAACGACAGGUGCACUGAGCCGUCAUGUGGCAAGAGCUUGGGGGCCCUGGACGGCAACGUCAACUGCAGGAACUGCGGCAGGCUGUUCUGUGAGCUGCAUACCUUAUACCAAAUGAAGCUUUCGAGGUCGGCGGCCCAUGAGCCCGUCAGGGGUUACUGGUGUCGGGUGUGCGAGACUUGCUACAAGUCUAGAGAGGGGUACAAUGAUCAUGGCGGCGUCAUGGUCGACCACACGGACUUCUUUGUCGCUACGAGGAGGAAGAAGGUUGACAGGCAAAACCUUGAGAUACAGAGGCUGGAGAAGAGGUUGACCAAAUUGACCCAGCUCCUGGCGCGCCCCCUGGAUGAGUCGGUCGGGGGCGGUGCGGGACUGCUAACCCCAGUCGCCUCCUUGGCCGGACAGAAAAAUGCACGGAAGCAGCUUGAGCAGUCUGUUGUGACAUGGGAAGAAGACGCCAGGGUCCCCCGAUGCCCAUUCUGCCAGCAGGAGUUCUCCUGGUCCUUCAGGAGGCACCAUUGCCGAAUGUGCGGCAGGGUUGUCUGCGCGGACGCGCAGACCGAGUGCUCCAGCGAGGUUGGGCUGAACGUGACCAAGCCGGUAUCCAACGGGACCGGUAACGAGAAGCCCGAAUCGCCCAAGGGCAGCCACAUUGGCGUCGACGUGCGAAUGUGCCGCGACUGCAAGCAUACCAUAUUUUCCAAGCGCGACUUCCAGGAGGCCGUCACACUCAAACCACCAGACCAGAGGGCCUACGAGACACUUCGCCAGUUCGAGCGCGGAAUCCGGCUGCUGAUGCCAUCGUUCCAAAGGGCGCUCGUGGCCCUCCAGCCGCCAGAUGAUGAACUGCUGUCAGACAGGCCGCCACCAUCACGCGCACAGAUCCAGGAGGCGAACAAGCUGCGGAAGAGGCUGACGGACAGCUUUGCGAAAUACCAUGUGGCGGCAAAGCGCAUCCGUGAUAUGAAGACCACGAGCCCGACGCAGCUGAGGCUCCAGAAGAACGUGUACACAGCCGCAAGCUCAUUUCUACACACCUACAUGCUUCCCAUGAAGAGCUUGCCCCAGAUGCUCAAGAGGAACCUUAGCAGCCCGGGCAACCCGGGCGGUCACAGGCGGCUACUGGGUGGCACAGAACGGCAUGGUAGCGCCUCAUCGGUGCCUGGAGCGCUGUCCCCCUUACGCAAAGGCGAGUCGGCCGAGCCGGGGUCUGAAACGGCCAGCCUUGGUGGGGGCAGCGAAACGAGCACAGCGGUGUCUGCGCUCGAGACGGAGGAGAAGGAGCUCCGGGAGAGACUGGUGGUGCUGGAGGAGCAGAGAUUCCUGGUGCAGGAGAUGGUCAACAAUGCUCGGGCUUCACGGCGGUUCGAGGAAGUCGGGGCGUUGAACAAAAAUAUAGAGGAGCUGGACCGCGAGAUCAACGCCCUGAGCAGCGCCGUGGACGGGGUGGAAAACCGCUGGGAGGGUCUGUAUUCGCAGAGGGCAGCAGCUUGA